AGAUCGAAUCUAUAUCACGCAACUGAUACAACUGUUUUUUCAUACUAAAUGAGAAGUCGAUGCCUUUGGGAAAGGGGAGCAGACUCAAUUAAAUGCUCAAGGAGCUUUUGCUCCCACAAUUACCCCUCCCCCACCAAUACGGAACGCCCCACAGUCAUUCUGCAUUUCGGUAACCAAUCAAAAUCCUUCAAAUGCAGGUGAGUCUACUAGUCUCCGUCCCCCGCCCUCCGUCUGUGUCGGGACGACCCGAGAGUAUGACGUAGGGAAUAGGCGCGUGACUGUAUCUCGAUCGUUGUCGUUUUACCAAUAAAUAUCAUGAACGUAUUUACCUAGAGCAGAAAGUCGUUUUGGUGAUUUUUCACUAGUCACCUUGUUGGUUUGAGCGGUGCCCGUUGUCAUCCUCAGACCCAGAUCUGAGGCAUACCAAGAUGACGAGAAUAUGGUACCGCGCAUUUCAAGAUUUCUUUUCCGUCCGCCGUCUGUGGCUCUUCCCGCUCCUCGCCGGAUUUUGUUGGUUCUUAACCCUCACCAUCUUACUAGUGCGAUGGCUAGCCGUCGGUCGACCUCAAUACCCCAAACAGAUGAACCCCUACGUACCAUUCAUCAGCGAUAUCGCCGCGCAUCAAUUUAAGCCGGUAUUCAUCGUCGGGUGCGCGGCGACCGGGAUCGCCUUCUUUGGGACAGUCUUUAGCGUGCACCACGUGCGUUAUUCGCCAAAAUUCUACGGGCUCACAGACGACUUGCCAUGGAGGCAGACGACAAGUCUACUUGCGUUAGUAGCUGGUCUGACCGCUGCUGUCAGUUUAAUAUUCCUCAGUAUCUUCGACACGGAUGAUGCGCACGUGCGACAUCGACAUCUUCUCAUGGGAACAUUUGGGGGCCUAUUCGUGAGUGCGGUGACUACGACCGCGGUGUGGUGGGAUCAGAUUUGGGGCCCUGCUGUAUUUGUAGGGCUACGGAAAUGGUGCAUUUUCAAUACCUUCCUCGUUCUCUGCCAAUUUGGCUGUGGGCUCGCAUUUGUGAUUCUUAUGUACGGUGACCACUUUAAGUCGUCGGGAAUCUUAGAAUGGUGCCUAACCUAUCUGGGCUCAUUCUGGUUAGCAUCGUUCGUUGGCUAUACCAUGUUUAGGGAGGGAUACGAGCCAAUUAUUGAGCGGGAAGAUGAGAGGCAACCUUUACUUCCUUAAAUUUUGUCCCCAUCCAUUCAUACAGCAAUGACCUUGGCCAGCGCAAAGCUCCGAUACAGCACAGUCAAAGACGCAUCUAGAGCCGUGAUACGAUCAAGUCCCUUAUCCACAACCCGCCCAUCUUUCUUUCAACUCAAUAUGAAGCUCAAAGUUGCUUGAGAAUUUUCUCGGUCUGAUGACUGGAAAAGCCAUGAUCCCUAGUGCGAAGGAUGCUGCGGUGCAUAUAAUGAAGUACCGCAAGAAUAUCAAGGGGCGUACUCAUCCCACAUAGAAAGGCCAUUAUGCCAUGAUGUCUAUAGGUCACCUGCUGGAAAAGAGCUUAUUGAUAGGCUUUUAGACCCCUUACGGUGCGAGAUCCUUUGUAACAUGUGGGCUUGACGAAAGUCGAAGUAGAAGAACGCACCGUAGCUACAAGAAGGGUCAUAUGUCUAGAGAGUGUUCACAAGGUAGCAAUAGCAUUUAGUUGAGAGUGCUAGGUAGGUAUAUGUACCUAUAUCAUACAAGCCCUCGGGCUGUUUACAUCUUUCAUUUUUCCCUUAUAUAUUGAUUCUUCGC